CUAUCCGACAGGAGAACAUUUUAACGCUCUCUUUUCCACGACGACGGCGACGUCUAAAAUAUCCGCAUCCAACGGAGCUCACUAAUCUUAUGUAAGUCGAACCGUGUAUACCGAUAUCGCUCGCUAGACGGACUGUCACACCGAAGACGACGACAACAAUUAAAUGACGAAAGUUAAUAACGGGCCGCUUUUCACGGCAUUAUUAGUGUUUGUGGCUUCAACCAGCUUCACUUUUGCCGACGACGACAAAUGGGUAUGGGGCAGAUCAAACGAUCAAUCAAGGGCUGACUCGAGGAUCGGGUCCUCGUCCGACGAGGUGAUCCGAAUAGCUAAACCCCUUUUGCGCAAUCAGCCCAACCCAAAGCCCAGUCCGUUAUUCCAACCCGCCAAUAACCCGAGGUUGGACACCAAACAUUACAGAGAUGACUCGAUACGAAACGGACGCUAUGAAGUUAACGAGGAUUUUGUACCGGACAGGGAACCUUUGUUGCAGCAACCAAUCCAUAUAUCUGAGACCUUUAGCAGCAGACCCUUCGACAGACCACCACCACCAAAUAACCUACCGCAAAGACCUUUGACAAACUUCCAAGCUCCUUUGAGACCACAGCGACCGAAUGCCCUCAUCGAUUCCGUGCACGCGCCGUCUAGGAAACCCGUGCCCGCAGCCACUGAACCUGCUGGUUCUGCAGUCGGCAUACUCACUGGACCAGUGCCGUCGUGGCAACGACCGGCGGUCCACAAAAACGGCGAUCCAACGAAUUUUGAAAAGUGCAAAUGCUCGUUCUCUUUCAACUGUAAAUCUCCCGGGAUCAAGUUCGGAAGCUGUGAUGAAGGAAAACAAUACUGUUGCUACAACGAUUUUGAUGGUGCGAAUUCAGGAAGCCAAGAAGUAGACAAAUAUGGAGGAGACCGAAGCGAACCCAUACCUUCCGUGUUAGUUGGCCCCGGUGGAAGUCACAGGCCGGGUUUGAAACCUGGCAUAUAUGGACAAGUUUCUAACAAAAAUGUAAGAACCGCAAAUUGAACAUAUUGAUCGACAAGAAUUUAUUGGUAACAGUUUUCCAAAUGAACCAUCAUUCAACAGACGACCAAAUGAGUAUGGAAAUAAUCCUUUUAUUAUUCCAAGACAAUUGUAGGUAUAUAGUAAAUCAUAUUAUAAAUUAAUGUAAUUAUUAUUAUAUUUUUUUUAUUUGAAUUAUAUUAUAAUUUAACAAAUGCUAAUUUAUAACUUGAUUUAUAUUUCAUUAUAAAACACGUUCUGUAAAAUACCUUUAUUUACCUAUAGUAAGUAUAGGUAUUAAAAAAGUAUGUUUACGCGCGUAUACAAGUUAAAUAAAAUAAUAUUUUACGUCAGCUAGAGUCAACAUGAUAUUUAUUGUAUAUAAUAUAAUAUUUGAAUAAUGUUUGAACGUCUUAAUCAUAUUCAUAUAAAUACUUGAUUUAAUUUUUUAAAAAAUUCUGACAAGGAUGAAUUAUAUGUGAGAUUCAAAAUGUAUUUUUAAUUAUUAUGUAAUUAAUGUUCUUGUUUAUAUAAUUCUAGCUUAUACAUAAUAAUAGCUUACAAAAAUUAAUUUAUUAUGCAUUUUUUUGUUUUACAUAAGUACCUAUUGAUAAUUUAUCUUAUACUAGCGACAAUGCAACAUAUUGUAAACAGCUAGUAUUCUAGACAUAUAGGUUUUGUAUUAGUUAUUUAUUUAUAUUUUAUUUUGGAAGGAAAUAAAUUAUCAUUAUGUUAUAACCUAUAACGAAUAGGUAACAUACAUUUU